AUGCAAUCUAUCUUCCAGAACAAGAAUGAAGGGCAGAGAGAAUCCCUGGAGAGUUUUGCCUCUGGAGAAGGCAUCCCACCCCACAUUGACGAGAACUUCAAGAAUAUCGGCAAAGUGAUAGCAUUGGUCUGCCAGAAACGCAGUCACAUCGCCAAAAGGCUAGAGCAUCGUCGCAGACCAUCUUUGCCGGAACAACAAGACUCUCCUCGCUACGCUUCCGACGACGGCAUGGACUGCCGCCUCACGACCGAGGACGGCACUUGCACCCUCUGUCAGCUGCCCAUAAUCGGGAAUAUCUGUGUCCAUGAGCUCACGCUUAGGUACUUUGCUUCUGAAUUCGAGCUAAGACGGGGUGACUUUAUGCUUCUCGACAUCAUCACCACAGGUGCUGGCAACAAUCCCAUUACGCGGCAUUGCCGCUUCCAGAUUUCCGUCCAUAUGGAUCCUGGGGGGAGGAACCUGAAGAUAAACGCAAACUUUGACCGGAAGCCUUAUAAUCUUGGGAGUCUCAGCCACUGGCCUCCCAUCACAGAUAUUGUCAGGUAUCUCGACGAUGAGAGCGCGAUCCGAAUCGCAGAAUAG